AUGGCUGCAGGAAGCCGGUCAGUGGCUGUAGGUAGGAACAACAGAAUUGUGACAAAAUUCCUCCUCCUGGGAUUUUCAGAUCAUCCCCAAAUGAAGAUUUUCCUUUAUGUGUUUUUUCUGGGGAUUUACCUCCUGACCCUAGCCUGGAAGCUGAGCCUCAUCGGCCUCAUCAGGAUGGACUCCCACCUGCAAACACCCAUGUACUUCUUCCUUACUAACCUGUCCUUCCUAGAUAUCUACUAUGUGUCCUCCACAACUCCCAAGAUGCUCUCUGACACCAUCACAGAGCAGAAAACCAUUUCCUCUGUUGGCUGUGCCAUGCAGUACUUUGUCUUCUGUGGGAUGGCUGAGUGCUUUCUUUUGACAGCCAUGGCAUAUGACCGGUAUGCUGAAAUCUGCAACCCGUUGCUCUACACGGCCCUCGCAUCCCAUACACUUUGCUUAAAGGUGGUGGCUGGGGCCUAUGUGGGUGGAUUUCUCAGAUCUUUGAUUGAAACAUACUCUGUCUAUCAGCAUGAUUUCUGCGGGCCAAACACGAUCAACCACUUCCUCUGUGACCUUCCUCCCAUCCUGGUUCUGUCAUGCUCUGAUACCUUCACCAGCCAGAUGAUGAACUUCCUUGUGGGUGCUGUUGUUGGAGUGGUAUCUGUCCUUGUGAUCCUCAUCUCUUAUUGUUACACUGUUGCGGCUGUCCUGAAUAUCAGCUCAGCUGAAGGUAGGACAAAGGCCUUCAGUACGUGUGCCUCUCAUCUGACUGCUAUGACCCUCUUCUACAGUUCUGGUCUCUUCAUGGACAUGUGACCUAGUUCCAGCUACUCCCUGGACCAGGACAGGAUGGUGUCCAUAUUCUAUGCUCUGGUGAUCCUUACGGUUAAUCCCUUCAUCUACAGUCUUAGGAAUAAAACUUUAAAUGCCAUGAGGAAAGCUGUGCUUUCAUACAGGCAUUGA